AUGUUCCAGUGGCCUCCAGAAUUACAGGCCUGUGGCAGUGACUUACACGUCAUGAAGACACUGGAAAGAUUCAUCCAUGACCAGCUCCAACCUAUUGUCAUGCCACAACAGGAUCCCCUUCAGUUCCCCCACCAGCCCCGCCUUGGAGCUGAGGACACCAUCAUCUACCUGCUCAAUCGUGUCUACGCCCAUCUGGACCAGCUCUCUACCCUCUACACAACAGACUUCAGCCACUGCACAGAGACCUGCCAUCUUCAGAAGUUUUCUGAUGACUCUGUGGUGGUUGGAUGCAUGGGUGAUGAGAGGGAGGCUGUGAUUAAGUCUUUUGUCACAUGGUGCAAGCAGAAUCCUUUGCAGCUCAGUGUGACAAAGACCAAAGAAUUGAUUGUAGGGGUCCUCAGGAAGUACAAACUGGACUCCAACCUGCUGCUGACCUUCUACUGCUCGUCCAUUGAGAGCUCGCUGACGUACUGCAUCACAGCAUGUUAUGACAGUUGCACUAAGGCGGAUAGAGGAGUAGUCAAGGCAACACAUAAGAUGACCUGCGGCCCUUUCCCCUCCUUGAUGGACAUCUAUUCCUUCUGCUGCCUCAACAGAGCAACAAACAUCAUCAAGGACAGCUCCCACCCUGGUUUUGACCUGUUCAACCUGCUUCCCUCAGGGAAGCGCUACAGGUCUCGGACCACACACCAGAUGUCUAAUAACACUGACACUGACAGCCCUUUCUCAGAAGCUGCAGUGGCUGCAGACUCUGAGAAUUGUUCAAAUAUUGGACGUGACAUUCUUCAAAAAGGCGGCUCUGCAGUAGAUGCCGCCAUUGCUGCGCUGCUGUGCACCUCCAUCAUCAACCCACAGAGUGCGGGAAUCGGAGGGGGGUCCAUAUUCACAAUUAUGGACAGCUCUGGUAAUGUAACAAUAAUCAACUCCAGAGAGACUGUCCCCAAAAACGUGAACCCUGAUCUGCCUACGUUAUGUAGUAACACCCCAGACUGGAAGCAAGAUAACAAAUGGAUUGGGGUUCCUGGGGAAAUCCGAGGUUAUGCAGAGGCACACCGGCUGUAUGGGAAGUUGCCGUGGGCCGACCUCUUUCAGCCAACCAUCAAACUGGCCAAGGAAGGGUUUUCUAUUCCUCAUGUCCAAGGUCAACACAUUCCACGCAUUGCUAAUACAUCACUACGAGAGUUAUAUGAGAAUGGGACUCUUCUUAAAACCGGUAAUACUGUGAAAUUUAAGAAACUGGCUAAAACUUUGGAGAUGAUCGCAAACGAGGGACCAGAUGUGUUUUACAACGGAACAAUAGCAAAGAAUUUAAUCCGUGACAUACAGGAUGCAGGAGGAAAACUCACACUGGAGGACUUGGCCUCAUAUAAAGUUAAAGUGACUGAAGCGUGGAAUAUUUCUUUGGGAGAGUAUCGGAUGUACUUCCCUCCGCCCCCUGCAGGAGGAGCCCUCCUCAGCCUCAUCCUCAACAUCAUGAAAGGAUAUAACAUAAAUUCAGAACCUAUCACGACUGAUGAAAAGACAUUAUUUUAUCACCGUUAUAUUGAAGCUUUAAAAUUUGCCAAUGGAUUAAAGGAACAUAUCAGAGAUCCAGAGUUCGACCCAGAUAAUAAUGCAAAAAAUUUAACAGAGGAUAACUUUGCUGAUGAAAAACGGAGUUUGAUCACAAAUGAGACUCAUGAGCCUGAUUAUUAUGGCAAAACCCGGCAUGUGGACAGCACAGGUACCACACACGUUUCUGUGCUGGAUAAAAAUGGAUCCGCUGUGUCUGUCACCAGCAGCAUCAAUGACAUAUUUGGCUCCAAGGUCCUCUCUCCAAGCACUGGAAUCAUCCUCAACAACCAGCUGUCUGACUUCUGUGGAAGCAAUAACAGCAUCUCUCCUGGGGAGCGUCCUCCUUCCUCUAUGGCCCCAGCUGUGCUGAAGUCUGAAUCAAAGACGCUGGUAAUUGGAGGAUCUGGUUCAACUAUGAUUACAACUGGAAUGGCCUCGGCGCUCAUCAAUCAUCUUUGGUUUAACAAGAGCCUUGAAGAUGCAAUUAACGCUCAAGUUUUUUUUGUCAACUCUAAAUACGAAGUUAUGUUUGAACCCGAGCUUACCCGAAAGGAUUUACUGGAUUCUCUUGAAGCUCGGGGACAUAAUAUAGCAAUCUUCUACAAUGUAGUUAAUGCUGUGAAGAAGGAGAAUAGGGAGGGUAAUGUCACUAUCUAUGCGUGGUCUGAUAAAAGGAAAAAGGGCAAAGCAGCUGGCUACUGA